AUGGAGUUUGAAGAAGAAGAAGUAUUAGAGCCUGUGAGUCCUAGUGCACAAUACCUAAAGAGCUCGGCGCUGUCGCUCACUAACCUUGUUGUUCUGGAGUUUGAAGUUCCAAUUGAUGACUCUCAAACCAUGUCACUACUGAAGGAUGUAUUCUUGCCCAUCAACCCCCGAUUUUCCUCAGUCAUGGUUACAGAUAAAAAAGGAGUACAAAAAUGGAAGCAGGUUGAAGUAAAGCUCCAAGACCACGUACAAGCUCCCGUUUUCCCCAAUGGAACGACUCUAGAUAUAUACGAUGACUACUUCAAUGACUAUCUAUCAACGAUAGCCAUGAAUCAACUUCCACGAGAUCAACCAUUGUGGGAAGUUCAUAUAAUCAAGUAUCCAACAAGCAAUGCGGCUGGGAGUGUAGUAUUCAAGCUUCACCACGCCCUUGGCGAUGGUUAUUCUCUAAUGGGAGCUCUUCUUUCUUGUCUACAAAGGGCUGACGAUCCCUCUCUUCUUCCAACAUUCCCUUCACGUCAACGAAACUUGAAAUCAAAGGGUGAUCAUGCUGGUUGCAGCUUUCUCAAGUUUCUGCCUCGAAUUUUCUCGGGGACGAUCAACACUGUAUUAGAUUUCGGAUCGAGCCUUCUGAGGAGUAGUGCGAUCAGAGAUGACCGGACACCUAUCCGAUCCGGUGAUGAUGGAGUGGAGUUCCGGCCAAUAACUAUUACUACCGUAACAUUUCCUCUUGAUCACAUCAAAGAAAUCAAGACUAAGCUUAAAGUGACAAUAAAUGACGUUAUCACCGGAAUAAUCACGUACGGAACUCGGUUAUACAUGCAAGGAGCGAGCAAUGGAUCGACGAAUGCAGACUCUACUGCACUGGUUUUGCUUAGCACCAGGGCCAUUGGUGGUUAUAAAUCAGUGAGUGAGAUGGUGAAACCUAAUGCUGAAAUGCCAUGGGGGAAUCAUUUUGCAUUCUUGCACUUUCCAAUACCAAAGCUGACACCUGCUAAGACUUCAAAUCCACUCAGUUUUAUCUUUAAAGCUCACAGGAGUAUCAAGAGGAAGAGAAACUCUGCAGCUAUUUAUCUCACUAGUAGGCUGCUUGAAACUUUGAGAAAAGUUAGAGGUCCUGAGGCAACGGCUCGUUACAUCCAUACAACACUGAAGAACUCAAGCAUGGCUAUCUCAAAUUUGAUUGGACCUGUGGAACAAUUGGCUCUGGCAAAUCAUCCAGUUAAAGGAAUUUACUUUGCUGUGGUUGGUGCUCCACAGAGUCUUGAAAUAACAGUGAUGAGUUAUGUGGGAAAGCUGAGGAUUGCCGUGGUAGUGGAGAAAGGCUUCAUAGAUCCACAUUUGUUCAAUUCAAGAANUUGA